AUGGUAAGGGUUCUUCAUCGCGACUCAUACGACGAACCGAUGAACCCUCACGGCGUGGGCUGUUGUAUGCUCAUAUUGGUCAGCCUGAUGACCACGCUUCUGCUGAUCGACACAAUUGUACAUCAGUCGCUCAAUCCAGAGGAACCCCAGUUCUGGGUCGACUCAGCUGCCGUGACCGGACUCGAGCUCACCAGCUCCUCCGGAUUGACUGCCACGUGGAAUAUGACGCUCGUGGCACACAAUCCCAACCGCAAGCUCAUGAUCGACAUUGCCGGUGUCCAAGUGUUCAUAUAUUUCGGAAAAAUGGAGAAGUACUACUGGUACAACCAUGGGCAUCUGGUUGAGAGCCAACACAUUCUGGCGACGAAGCUGUUGCCUUCUUUCUUCUUGUACACAGGAAACCAGACGAGUCUGGAUUUCAAGGUCGGAGUAGCGGGGCAUUGCGUGGACGGCGAGACAGCCAAGGAAGUUUCACAAGGGAAGACAGUGAAGUUCGGGGUGUUUCUGCACGUUGAGUAUAAAUAUAGGACCAAGGUCUGGUUGAUGGGAGACACUCGCCCUAUUAAGCUCUUGUGCGACCAGGUCGAGUUCCUGUUGCUCCCAAAUACGAAUCACCACGCCGGAGUUUCCACCUGUCAGUUUCCUUGCCGCAUAUUUGGAUAA